UUCUUCAGUAAAAAGCGGAAAAAUAAUACCCAUCCCAACAGAUUUUGCAAUGUGUAUGAAGAACAAAUUUUCGUUAUUUUUUCUGUUAUUCACUUGAUUUGAUUCCAUUGUAAAAGAAGAGUAAUUUGGCAAGAAAUGGAUAAUAACCCACACCAAAAUCCAUACCCUUAUCACCAUGUAUACCCUCCACAAAAUCAAGACCCAUAUGCGCAUCAGCAUCCGUAUCCUUCGUAUCCAUAUCCUUACAAUUCCCAAUACCCUUAUGCACCUCAUAUGUAUCUGCCCCCAGGUUACGCUCCUGGUUCAGCUCCCAUAGACUAUAGUCAUUCUCAUCCUCAUCCCGAACCAUUUCCUUAUCAAUAUGCGCACCCGGUUCCUCUAAAUCCUUCCCAACCUGCUCCCCAACAUCCUGCAACUUUCCACUAUGGUCCAUCGCCUUACCCUUACCAGCAUUCCUUAUCUGGUCAUUACCCGCCACCUGAAACUUGCCCGCAAUCUUCUGCCUCUUAUCAACAACCUGCGCAAUAUCCUCCUCCUAUAAGUAAUUCCGAGCUCCACUCAAGACGGAACAGCUUUUCUGGACAUAACAGGCAGGGUAGUAUAAGUUCCUUGGGAACAAAUAUGUGUAGUGCCCCACCUGUUGCUAUGGCUUAUCCACCUUUGGAUCAUCAAUCAAGUAAUAUGCAUUUGUCUGGUAAUCAUCCUUCUGCUCCUGCAUCACCCUCGGCACCUUCAGAGCUUCCAGCGGCUGCUGCUACUUCAACACCUGAGCUGGAUGGUUCACGUUAUGCAAGUAAAUCUAGAACCUGGGGAGGGCCUAGUUUAGGCCGAGCUGAUUCGGCUAAUCAACCUGCCUUUCAAUGCAACAAUUCACAGAAUGGCGACAGUAUGCAGAUUGUACCUUUCCAUACAGGUUCAUUGAGAGUUUUGCUUCUACAUGGAAAUUUAGAUAUGUGGGUUUUUGAGGCAAAAAAUCUUCCCAACAUGGAUAUGUUCCAUAAGACUUUAGGCGAUAUGUUUGGGAACUUUUCUUCAAAUAUUUCCAAAAGUUUUGCAGGAAAAAGGGACGGGAAGAAUACAAGUGAUCCUUAUGUCACAAUCGCCAUUUCUGGUGCCGUUAUAGGAAGGACAUAUGUGAUCAACAAUGAUGAAAACCCUGUCUGGAUGCAAAAUUUCAAUGUUCCUGUUGCACAUCAUGCUGCUGAAGUGCAAUUUGUUGUUAAAGACAGUGAUGUAGUGGGGUCAGAAAUUAUAGGAGUUGUAUCGAUUCCAAUUGAGCAGAUAUACUCGAUGCAAAAGAUAGAGGGAAGCUAUCAAAUUCUGAAUGAUAACGGAAAGCCCUGUAAGCCUGGAGCCGUCUUAAGAUUAUCAAUUCAGUACACACCAAUGGAGAAUUUGAGCAUCUAUCAUCAUGGUGUUGGAGCAGGUCCUAAUUAUGUGGGAGUUCCUGGCACAUAUUUUCCUCUUCGGAAGGGGGUAAAAGUGACUCUUUAUCAAGAUGCCCAUGUGCCAGAUGGGAUUCUUCCAACCAUAAAACUUGACCAUGGGAUGACCUAUGUGCACGGAAAGUGCUGGCAUGACAUAUUUGAUGCUAUCCGUCAAGCAAGGCGCUUGAUUUACAUUACGGGGUGGUCAGUUUGGCAUAAAGUUAGGCUGGUACGCGAUGAUGGUCCUGUUUCAGAUUGCUCUUUGGGGGAUAUUCUUAGGUCGAAGUCACAGGAAGGAGUUAGAGUGCUCCUUCAGCUAUGGGAUGAUCCUACUUCGAGAAGCAUCUUGGGAUACAAAAUGGAUGGAAUAAUGGCAACCCAUGAUGAGGAAACACGUAGUUUCUUCAAAAACUCUUCAGUGCAUGUGUUACUUUGUCCUCGUGUGGCUGGAAAAAAACAUAGUUGGGUCAAGCAAAAGGAAGUUGGAACAAUUUAUACACACCAUCAGAAAACUGUUAUUGUGGAUGUUGAUGCUGGGAGAAACUAUAGAAAAAUUAUUGCUUUUGUUGGUGGCCUUGACUUAUGUGAUGGAAGAUAUGAUGAUCCACAUCAUCCUCUAUUUAGGUCACUGCAAACAUUACAUAAGGGUGAUUAUCAUAAUCCAACUUAUACGAAUUCUACAGAAGGUUGUCCAAGAGAAGCUUGGCAUGAUAUGCACAGUAAAAUUGAUGGCCCAGCUGCAUAUGAUGUUCUGGUCAACUUUGAGGAACGGUGGUUGAAGUCAGCCAAGCCUCAUGGACUUAAAAAGUUGAAGAAACCCUUUGAUGAUGCUUUGCUGAGGAUAGAAAGAAUUCCAGACAUUUUGGGAGUUACUGAUUUUACAGAUUCUGAGAGUGAUCCUGAAGGUUGGCAUGUUCAGAUUUUUCGUUCAAUUGAUUCAAAUUCUGUUAAAGGCUUCCCAAAGGAUCCAAAAAAUGCAACAAGCAAGAAUUUGGUGUGCGGUAAGAAUGUCCUUAUUGAUAUGAGCAUACACACAGCAUAUGUGAAGGCCAUUCGCUCUGCCCAGCAUUUCAUUUAUAUAGAGAAUCAGUAUUUCCUUGGAUCUUCCUUCAAUUGGAGCUCUUAUAAAGAUUUGGGUGCUGACAACUUAAUUCCCAUGGAAAUUGCUCUUAAGAUUGCCAGAAAAAUUAAAGCAAAUCAGAGGUUUGCUGCUUAUAUUGUCAUGCCAAUGUGGCCAGAGGGUGUUCCAACAGGAUCUGCCACUCAAAGGAUUUUAUAUUGGCAGCUCAAAACUAGGGAAAUGAUGUACGAGACUAUUUACAGGGCUUUGGUGGAGGUUGGAGUUGAUGGCAUUUACUCGCCAGAGGACUAUUUGAAUUUUUUCUGUCUCGCCAAUCGCGAGAACGAUGGAUAUCAACCUCCAGGCAAUGAAAGUCCUAGGUCCAUAAACACUCCCGAGUCUCUAAGCCGGAAAAGUCGAAGAUUUAUGAUCUACGUCCAUUCAAAAGGUAUGAUCGUCGAUGAUGAGUACAUAAUAGUAGGGUCUGCUAACAUCAAUCAACGCUCCAUGGAGGGUACCAGAGACACCGAGAUCGCAAUGGGAGCUUACCAACCUCAAUAUACUUGGGCAGCGAAACAUUCUAGUCCACUCGGACAGAUCCAUGGGUAUAGGAUGUCACUUUGGGCAGAACAUACCGGGGUCGUCGAGGACUGCUUCACUCAACCAGAGAGCAUCGACUGUGUAAGACGGAUUGUUCAAAUGGGUAAGCUGAACUGGAAUCAAUUUGCAUCGGAGGAAGUGACGGAGAUGAGAGGGCACUUGGUGAAGUACCCCGAGGAAGUGGAUGCCAAGGGCAAGAUCAGGCCCCUUCCAGGAUGUGAAACUUUCCCCGAUGUUGGGGGAAACAUUUGCGGCUCAUUUCUUGCCAUACAAGAAAACCUUACAAUUUAACCUAACAUGCUACCACUACAUACAAUACGAUUCAAAUACAAUUUUGACAGUGUAGAUGAAAUAUAUACAUAUAUUAUAGUUUUAAAAUCCCAUUUUAUUGUAUAGAUUUUUUUUA